AUGCGGAGCCCCGCACCUGAACCCCGCGUCUCCAUGGAGAAAUCCAAGAACUUCCGCAUUGAGGCUCUGCUGGGGGAGCGCGCGCCGUAUCAGGACCCGCCUCCAGGUGCUAUUCAGGGGCUGGGGGCACGCGCGGGUCCGUUCGCGCUGCCGCCGCAUGGGGUGUACGCGAGCGCGCCGCUGUUCCCCGCCGUGCCCGCGCUUCACUACACCGGGAUCCCCCACAUCGGCCACGCGUACGAGCCGUGGAUCCGCGCGAGCCUGCUUCUGCCGCGACUCCACCCGUACCCCGCAUCUCCACAGUCUGGGUUGAUGGGAAAAUGUCGGAGGCCGCGCACAGCUUUCACCAGCCAGCAGCUGCUCGAGCUCGAGAACCAGUUUAAACUCAAUAAAUAUCUCUCACGACCCAAACGCUUUGAAGUUGCCACCUCAUUAAUGCUAACAGAGACACAGGUGAAGAUCUGGUUCCAAAACCGCAGGAUGAAGUGGAAACGAAGUCGUAAAGCCAAGGAACAAGCGGAAUCGGCCAAACAGCGCAAAUCCGCCAAUGAAAAUCCAGAAUCUGAGCCUCGGGGGGUGGAGUUUGAGAAGCAGGUUGUAGAGGAAGAUGACAUAGAGGAGGAAGAGCUGGAUGACGAAAAUGAUUUCAACUCGGACAUGAAACAUUCAGACUUUUUACAGGAGGAUGUAGAUAUACGAUACACUUCCGAUGACGACGUGGAUGAAAUGAGAGGCAUGGACAGUAAGAUGGGGGCGGUGUUAUAAAGACGAGACCAGGAAGCACUCAGAGACAAGGAUCAGUCUGUUUGCUAAGAAUCACGGAGGUGACGUGACGAGAAGGGCAUUUCAGCCUCCUGGUUGAAGAUACUGUAAAAUAGUAAACUGAGUUUAACGUUACACCUGAUAGAGUACUGAACACUCAAUAAACACCAAAAACAGACAUGAAGGGAAGGUACAUUUAAAUUACAAGUACAUUUAAUUUGUUACUGUAUGUAACUGUACAGUAGUUUUCAUAUAUAUGUACUUUACUCCACUACAUCCUACAACAAAUAUCUGUACUUUCUACUUCAUUACAUUUGUGCAUGAAGUCGUGUUACAUAAUCCCAGUGGUGUGCGGUAUGUUAAGCGCCAAUUGCUGACAAUUAUGUGAUUUGCGUUUCUCUUUAAAACGAUCAAUCUUGUAGCAAGUGUUUGAAAUCAGAAGUGGAGGUGGUUUCAGAGAGCGAGGUAAAACAGCAAAUUAGCAAUUUGAGAGAGAAAGAGAGAGACUCUUUUAUUUGAGCUUAAAGGCUACAGUGGGCUAAUACAAACUCAGUGUGUUUGAUACUUAUGUAAGUUUGAAGGUAAGUACUUUUGUACUUUUUCUCAAGUAGAAAUGUAAAUGAAGGGCUUCUACUUUUACUAACUCUACUUUUACUCACUUUGUCCACCAUUAAACAUAUAUUCCUCAAAACGUAUGUAGACAAUGGGAAAAGAAACACCACAGGAAAUACAAAAACCAAAUAUCUAAAAAUGAAUUUAGAAACAAACAAACAAAAAAUAACAUAAAAUCCUGUAGCACAUCACCAUUCGGAAACAGCAAAACUACAGUGGAUAACAGAAACAGAAAACAGUGGCUAAUUUUCCUCGUGACAGUGGCACCCAGUAUCCAAUUCCAUUUGGACUGAACACGGUUACAAAUUUGCUGUUGUGUUUCUGUUUUGUUGUUAAAGUCACAACCUUCUUUGCUAGGCUCCACAAUGUUUACUUCUAUGCUAAUGACCUUUUUCGUAUUACUGAUAAAACUAAACUCUUCAGAAAAAAGAAGACUCAGAUUAAUUUAUAAUCCCAAAAUACCAAAGCUAAACUAAACGAGAACCAGGUGUUCUGGCAUUUUGA